GUGAAAAACAUGAUAGUGUCAAAGUCAAACACAUAGUAAACAUUUCUAUGAAUGCUGACUACAGGCUGUAAAUUCAGCUAUGAGAAUUCUCCAUUCUGAUUGGUUGAUGGAUCUCUGCGACUGUAUGAGAAAAAUGAAGGUGGGGCCAGAGUGAUGUCAGCGCGCUCGAACCCGUGAACAUAUUUAAACGCGCUCGGAGCUCAGUGCGCGCGUCAAACGCGUGGAAGAGACGCGCAUGUGGAUCAGCGGCGCUGUCAGACAGCAUCUUCUGCACACCUGCUCUCAUCUGCGUGGAUAUAUUAACCUGCGUCUGCGCGUCGCGUUUGGAGGCAGAAUGCGGCGCGUUGUGAUGCGCGCUUUGGAGACGCGGAACUAUCGCAAUUAGUUUGGAUCUCGCGGCGGGUUUGAUGUUUUGACGGUGGUUCCUUCACGUGACAGACGCGCAGCGCAUCACAGAACCGCGCGGACGCUGAAGAUCCGCGCUCGCGUCAUGUGGAUGUAGUGGAUUAAAUGCGUUUUGAGUGGAUAUUUGUGAGCAGACUCACUGUGGAUGUGUAAAUGUCUUUUCUCCGCACGGGUCUCUAUGGGCCACAGUUAAGCUUCCCAUCAAAGGAACUGGCUCUAAAAUGAAGUUAUGGGACAUCGUAGCCCCGUGUUUGUUGCUCCUGAGCUCGGUUUCCACACGUCCCCUCUUCCACAAGCUGCAGCCGUCCAAAAGAGCCGUCGUCUCCGAGGGCCACGCUGACAUCUCGGCACCGGACCCCAUCGUAGACGCUCAUCCUGUAACUAGAGACCUGAAACAAGCUUCCAUGGAAGAACAAUAUGAUGUAAGCAGUCUUUACCCGGAAAAGUUCCAGGAUGUAAUGGACUUCAUCGAAGCGACUAUCGGCCGAUUGCGGCGCUCUCCGGAUUCGGACGGUGUUUCGAAGAGAGAUCGAGCGCGUCAGCGAAAAGCGUCGAACGGCGAGAGGAGCGUCCGAGGAGACAAAAGGAGGAGUCGCGGACGAGCCCGAGGGGGGAAGGAAAGUCGAGACGAGAGGGUCAAAGGUCCCGGGCGUGGAUGCCUCCUGAAAGAGAUCCACCUCAAUGUGACUGAUCUGGGAUUGGGCUACAGGACCAAAGAGGAAUUGAUAUUUCGGUACUGCAGUGGCCCCUGUUACGACUCUGAGACCAACUAUGACAAGAUCUUGAACAACCUCACCCAAAACAAGAAACUAGACAAAGACACGCCAUCUAGGACUUGCUGCCGGCCCAUCGCUUUCGACGACGACAUCUCGUUCUUGGACGACAGCUUGGAGUACCACACGCUAAAGAAACAUUCCGCUAAAAAGUGCGCCUGCGUCUGACCUGCCGACUGACCGAACGCAUGCACGCACGCACGCGACGGAUGAAACCAGGAGUUUUUGCUUGUCAGGGCAUCGAGGGACGGCCCUGUUGGGAAACAAAGAUAACAGAGUGAUGAUUGACAGAUCUGAACACAAUCCGCUCGGGCUGGAAGAGUUCAGACGCUCUGUAGAUGGAAAGAGAUCUCAGCUGCUCGGUGUUACCAAACCCUUAAUAUGAUGGAAAUGAUCAUCGUCAUUUACGUCAUAACUCAAACAAACAGAUGCUCGCAGUGGAUUAUUGUGUUUACACUGGUCACACCUCAUACCCAGAAACCAAUGCAUCCACAGACUUCAGAUCUUUAAUAUCCAGAAAGCUAUCUAUCUAUAUAUAUAUAUAUAGUAUAUAUGAAAAUGUAUUUAUUGAGAUUUAAUUAAGUUAUUGUUAUUUAUUGCAAUCCAUUGUAUAAGAGUGUUUGUUUUUUCUUAUUUAUUUUAGAAAGUUAUUUGGUUUUCUGUCUUAGAUGGUGCCAAAUCCAAGCAUGUGUUUGUAGAGACACCCAAACCAUUUCAAAAGUUGAGUUUUUUUCUUCUGUGGUACUCAAAGGUGACUGAAUAUCUAAAGCGCUGUUUUAAGUGGAUAGUGAUUAGGGCUGCAAAACAAUUAAUCGCGACUAAACGUUUGCAGAAUAAAAGUUUUUGUUUAUAAAAAGAUAAUAUAUAAAUAGAUUUUCUUGUACACACACACAUAUAUACAUAUGAUGUAAAGAAAAACUUUCAUUAUGCAAACAAUUAGUUGCGAUUAUUUGUUUUGCAGCCCUAAUAGUGAUUCAUAACGCCAAGUCUUCUGAUGUCAUAUAACAAAUAAUCUUCCCUUCUGUCAGACCUCUCGCUUGAUUCAACAUCACAGUAAACAUUGCUUCCUGUAUGUCUGCUGCAGAAAGGAAGAUUAUAGGGCUGUAAAGCGAUUAAUCGCAACUAAUCGUUUGCAGAAUAAAUGUUUUUAUUUAUAAAUAGAUAAUAUAUAAAUAGCUUUUUUGUGCACACACAUAUAUAUGAUGUAAAGAAAAACUUAUUCUGCAAACAAUUAGUCGCGAUUAUUCGUUUCAUAACGCCAAGACCUGAGUCUUCUGAUUCUUCUGACUAAUCGUUUGCAGAAUAAAAGUUUACAUUAUAUAUAUUUGUAUGUAUUUAAGUCAUACACACAUGCAAGUAUAUAUUUAAGAAAUAUUCACAUGUGUAUAUACAUUUUUAUAUUUAUGUAUAAUUUAUAUUAUAUAUAAUUACUUAAUAUAUAAAUAGAUUUUUUUUCUUAAAAUGAUACAUGCAUGUGUUAACAUUAUUUUUAGACGCAGUACACACGCACAUAAAUGAUGUAAACUUUUAUUCUGCAAACGAUUAGUCGCGAUUAAUCGUUUUGCCGCCCUAAAAGAUUAUCACUCUUCAGUUUCAUUGUGUUGCUGGAGAAGAUGGGGAAUCAUACCUUUAUAAUAAAUUUUAGUCCAUGUUGAAGCUUGGCAGUAUGAAUCACUUUUCAAAAGAAAGAUAAUAACAUGUAGUUGGGUAAGAAAAUGAUUAAGUGUUCAUUUGAAGCUUAACUACUUUAAGACGUAAUGAACGCACCCCAGCGUCACUUAUUUAAAGAUUCGUCUCCACAUCAGUCGAUCCAUUAGUAAGAACGACAUACUAGAUAAUAAGCAGGCAGGAUUAUUUCAUAGCGAAAAUAAGUGGACCAACAAAUAAACUAGACAAAAGACUGAUGUCAAAACCUUUAUACUGUCUUUUUCCAUCACGAAAGCCCACGAAGGUCUGCGAGAGACCGAUUGUUUACUCAGUCUUUGGUGGUUGUUACUGGAACUCGAAUGGCUCGUCUCCAAUUAUCUCUUUAAAAUACAGCCUGGUCCAAUGUGUUUACAUCUCACCGUGCCAGACAGAAACACGGCCACAGUGAACCGUUUGAUCCCAAUAAAUGAUGUUACGUUUGACCUUUUUUAUAUCGGCUGACCAGUUGGCGAGUGUCUGGUAACCUGGAGUUAUCGCUGAGGUCAUGAAAGUCCCCGCUGGCUGGCUGGCUAAACAGAUUUGACUCAUUAAUCUGUACAAAUAAAGCGGUCGCUGAUGGUUGGGAAGACUCCCUAUCGUUUAAGACCAAUUAUAUCAAAUCUGCUUCGUCUGUCCUAAACUUCUUAACAAAACACAGCCAGGAGUCAGCGGCAUUCACAUACAGCUUUAUUCAACCAAACAAAAGGGAAAAUAGAGUUUCAGCUGACAGACAAACACACCUUUAUUACAAUCAUGGGUAUAAAGCUGUAAUCCCUGCUCAUACUGAACAAAUCCACUCAUUUCUAAAGUAUUUAGGCCAACCUCUGUAAAGCAUGAUCUACCUCUGAUCACCAGCAUUUCUUAAUGUUAAAGAUCCACCAAACCAAACACACCCUCCCGUCCUGACGGAUGAUGAUUUAAUAAUGGACCUGAGCUUGAAAGUUACGUUUGCUAGAAAUCUUUCAAAUCCCUUUCUGUCCUGCGGUGUUUGUUGGUCCUGUUGUCUUGUUUUGUGUUACUGAACCAAAGCUCUCUACAGACUUUAUUUUUGUACAAUAUUCAUUUUAUAACUUUUUACAAAAUAAAACUCAUUUCUAUCACGUUUCUGUGUGCACUCCUGCAUAAAUCAUCAACGUCUUCAGAGGUUCUCACAACACAACCAUUUCUUUAAAUUAAACAUUGAAUUUAACACAUGAAGAGUUUCGUUGCAAAACGAGAUAAAUCCAUUUUUUAACAUUUUUGUCAAAACAUGUUUAUUAUUAUGUUAUCAUGUUAUUAUUUUGUUUUAUGGUGCUACUUAGCUGUAUUUUUUAAGUUAUGAAGGUUUAAAUCAAAACAAACCAACUGCAGUUGCAUUGAAAUUAAUUGGAAUGCACAACCAAAAAACACGAUUUCUGAACAAUUAAAAAAACGGUGGUUAUCUC